UGGGGUGGCCACUGGUUUGAUAUCACAGUGGAGUGACCAGUGUUUCUUUAAGUGGUGAAUGUGCGCGCGCGCUUCUCUACCUACCAAAAUGCGAUUAAUAAUAUUAUUAACGGUACUGACAUCGACAUGGUGUCGAGAACAGGACUGGCAGCCCAUUGUUUCAUCCGACUCUACGGUUGUAUUUUCAAGCUACAAUCAACCUUCAGACAGACAAAUUGGUUCGAGUUCUCAACUGAAGAUAUUAAACAGGCGGCCCACACAUUCGCGUCCUACGUUUCAAAGCAACAAGUACAGCAACCUUUAUUACACUGCUCCACCUUCGGAGGCUGACUCAUGCAGCUUAUACAAAGUCUCAAUGAAUCAGGAACUAUUCUACCAGUAUCUGGAAUACGAUACAAGAAUACCAGAUCUUAAGGAGUUUACCCUUUGUCUGUGGGCCAAGUAUCACAAUCAUACUGAGGACAACCCUUUAUUUUCUUAUGCAGUUGGCGACAACCCUAAAGAAAUAUCGUUAUCGAUAUCAAAUACGGCGGAGGCGAGCUAUUUUACAAUGGCUGUACAUGGGCAGAACUUCUUCAGGUUAAACUACCCCUUGAAAUUGAACACUUGGUACCACAGCUGUCAAUCAUGGAAUGGAAAAACUGGUGAAUGGCAAAUAUGGGUCAAUGCUGAAAGAGUUGGAAGAGGAUUUAACAAUAGGCUUGUAGGCCACGUAAUAAAAGGUGGAGGUAUUGCUGUGAGUGGCCAAGAACAAUCAUUACUUUAUAAAGAUGAUGGUAUUGAAGGACCUGUUAAAAAGCAAUCGGGCUUAAAAGGAGAAAUUACAAUGUUACAAUUAUAUCACGUUGCAUUAACGGCUGGAAAGGCGCAUAGAGAUCAUAAACACCACCACGCUCACCACUUUAAGCAUGAUGGCUCAGCAAUUGAAAUAAAUACAGAAGCUAUCACUGAACCCCCACCUCCAGAGCCAACCCCAAUUGGUAAUGGACAUUUUCUCGUCAGUGGUCAGUUGCAGAAGCCUCCAAAAAUUAAUCUGGCACAACCACCUCAACAGAUGGUAUCGAUACAGCUACCUAAUGGUCUUCAGCUCACACAAGACUUUAUUAAUGGUCAACUUGGAAAUAGAUAUGUCUCUGAACAGCUUUACAAUGGCGUACAUCAAAUUCCUUCAAACCAUAUUUCUCAAACACCAACACAUUUGGCUGGGCUUGGAAUAUCACAAGUUAAAAGCAGCCAACUAUACGCAAACACACCACUUGGACCGAGUAAAGAUACAUCUAGUGUUAUUUUGUCUAGUUCCUUACUAAACCCAGCUAACGUGCAAUAUAUAGACGAAUUAAAACCACAUAAAAUAUAUAAAAGAUACUUAAAAGAACGCAGAACUAAGAGAGAUAAUCCAGAGAAAGAAUUAUUUGAGGAACGAAGCUUAGGAAAGAAAGAUAAGCGUGGGCUUGUGGCACUAUCUGAUGGAUCGAUAGUUGAUGAAGCUUUGAUUAGUGCAGAUCUUAUUGACGAUAAUAAAGAAGAUGAGAUCAUGUUUCAACAAUCUCUCUUAAAUGGAUUAGCAGGAGUCGUAGGGAAUUUACCAGUUCAGAACUUACAGAAAAUGACGGGUGACGAAAGGGAACCCGCGGAAGCAGAAGUUAAGGCUGUUAUGCAAGUAUGUAGCGGCUGCACCCCCGAACCAUUCAAAAAGGUUCAAGUCCUUUCAUGGAGACAUACUCCAAAGAAACUUUAUAGCGGAGCUCAUUAUUAUAAAGGACUACCAAUUUGUAGGGCUUUUUAGAAUAUUUGUUGUGUGUACAAAAUUUAGAUUCUAGAGUACCACUUCCAAUAUUAAAUAACAUAUUGAAUGUGUUACUAAGUUUGAGGUUAGUUGCAAAGUUAGUAGUACUUUUAUACGAUAUAAGACGUUUUGGUACCCACAGUUUAAAUUUUAUUAUUUACUUGCCAUUAACGAUCAUUUCUUAUUUAUUUUAGAAUAAUGAUACUAGUAUUAGGUUUUCUAAGCAAGAACUAAACUUGUUAAGGUUGGUUGUUUUGUAUAACUUGUUAUGUUUCGUAACUGUGUUCGUUAAGUAUAUAAUAAAUAUAAAAAUGUUGCA